CUGCUCUCGCCUUUCCGCAUAAUCGAGGUUUUCUUCGAUAUGUGGUAUAUUCUCAUACAGAGGAUCAUCGUUGCGAUCUUCAAACCCACACCACCUAAAUCUGCCGACCCGCUCCCGAAUCCCAGAGGAAGAGUCGCUGUGAUUGGGGCAGGACUCACCGGCGUCUCUUCAGCAGCACAUGCGAUUGCACAUGGCUUCGAGGUGGUCAUAUACGAUUCUAAUGACCGCGUGGGUGGCAUAUGGUCGCACGUCAACUCGACAUCCGGACUCCAGCUCAACUCGUUAAUUUACCGAUUCCACCCAGCCGUAGUAUGGUCGAAAUCAUUCCCGCACCGGGACGAGAUUCUUGGGGAAAUCGAGCGUAUUUGGAAGGAGUACAAACUUGAAUCGCGGACAAAGUUGAAGACGAAAGUUAUCAAGAUUGAACGGGCGUCACCGAAGCAAUGCAACGUCUCGGAGGACGAUGCUGACCCCCAGAAACUUGGACAUGCACGUUGGCUCAUCAAUGACGGUUCAGAUGGGCCCUUCGACGCAGUCAUAGUCACUGUGGGUACUUGCGGGGAACCGAUGCGUGUCGGAUUUCCCGGGAUGCCGAAAUCGGAAGGUGCGGACAACGAGAAAGAGUCGCACGAAGAGACAUUUGGUGGCCCUGUCAUCCAUUCUAGUGAACUCGAUGAGAUCGAGCUGUCUGGUAAGAACGUGGUUGUUAUCGGAUCGGGGGCGAGCGGCGUGGAGGCUGUAGAGACCGCCCUGUCUAAAGCAGCGAAACACGCGGUCAUCGUGGCUCGUGAUGAUAAGUGGAUCAUCCCGAGGAAUAUCGUCGUCGAUACGUCCAUCUCAGCGCAACCGUUUGGCCGAGAGAUGCCCCUCAGUAUAUUAUGGGAGACCUUCCUACGCAAAUGGCAUUACUACGGCGUCGAAGAUUUGUCACCCGCGCACCGUGGCAUAUACGAAGGCACCCCAAUUGUGAACGAUGAAUUCUUGGAUCACGUCCGUCAAGGUCGCUGUGACUAUAUCCGAGGAGACACCAAGCGUCUCACUUCGUCUGGUGUUUUGGUGAAUGUUCGUGGUCGCCAGUCGAAGCCCAAUGAUCCAGGCGAAGAGAAGGUCAUCGACGCGGACCUCGUCGUCCUCGCUACCGGGUUCAAGAAACCCGAUGUUGACUUCCUGCCAAGCGACCUCUUCCCAGAAGGAUACGAACGGCCCAACCUGUACCUGCAAAAUUUCAGCACAGAGGACUGGUCUGUACUGAUGACGAAUAGCUCUUACGUUAAUGCCAUAGGCACUGUUGGACAUUUUCACAUAGGAAUAUAUACUCGGAUCCUUCUCACUCUGCUCAUGGAUAAAGACGCACGACCGACGCCAAAAGACAUGAAGCUCUGGGUAGAUGUUAUCCGCUUCGUGAAGAGAGGCGCUGCAGGUGGCGCACUCUCCUUCUUCACGUACAUGGAGCUUACAAUCUGGCUCGUGCUUUUCCACCUCUUCAGACCCGAUAGGUUGAAAUGGAUGUUUUUCAUUCUCAAUGGAUGGGGUGUGCAUCCCUUACCGUGAUGAAACGAGGAUUAUUUGUACACCACUGGUUUCCAUUGGCUGCUUGGACGUAGCACGUACCCCGGACAGCCCUCAGCGACAACACGUAUAGUACCGCAGGGAUUGAAUAUGGAGCAAUAGAUCAUCCUACC